UUCACAUUCGACCUGCCGUGAACUGCUCACCCUGGUAUCUGUUUCACCGGACGGCAUUGAGCGCAUUAUUUUGCGCAGGCAGUCGGGUCAAUUGGAUGGUGUUUGCGCGAUAAAGGAGCGCCCAUUGACCUUCUGAGUCAAAAAAAGGCUUUGAGGCACUUCUCGCAGCGUCUCAUUUUUUGGGGAUCUUCUCGGAUCAUCUGAGGAACGAUGCUCGCAACGAUGCCGUCCUUGCACCCCCAAACCAGGGCCACAAUGGCCAUUUUCACCAAGGUCACAAAGAGCCAGUACCAAGUCCGCUACUACUCGGCUCCCCUGGAAAUGGCCAUUCCCCCGUCGAAAAAGAAAUACAUCCCAUCGUCUGGCACAUACCCCAAGGGGUUCCUCGUCUCGGGAACACACGUCGGCGUGAAAGCGUCUAACACCAAAUUUCCGGAUUUGGCUUUGAUCUUGUCCGAGGUUCCCUGCUCGGCUGCUGCGGUGUUCACGACGAACAAGUUUCAGGCAGCGCCCGUGCAGGUAAGCAGGGAGACUCUGAGGAAGAGACAUGGGCAGGGAAUCAGGUCUGUGGUGAUCAAUUCCGGUUGUGCGAAUGCUGUCACUGGGAGGGCCGGGUUGGAGGACGCUGCGAAUAUGGGAAAGAAGGUGGACGAGUGCAAUGGGCUGAAAGAGGAGAGUACAAUUGUCAUGAGCACAGGGGUUAUCGGACAGAGGCUCCCUAUCUCCAAGAUCCUGGACAAAAUCCCAACAGCUUAUUCCACCCUUGCCUCCACCCAUGAUGCCUGGCUCACUACCGCUCGCGCCAUCUGCACAACAGACACCUUCCCCAAGCUCCUCUCGACGACAUUCACCCUCCCCUCAUCCCCAGACCGGCAAUACAGCCUCGCCGGAAUGACCAAGGGAGCAGGCAUGAUCCACCCUAACAUGGCCACCCUGCUUGGUGUCCUUUGUACAGACGCACCAAUCGCACCCACCAUCCUGCACCCCUUGCUCACCCACGCAGUCUCGAGAUCCUUCAACUCCAUUUCCAUCGACGGCGACACGAGCACCAACGACACCAUAGCGCUCCUUGCCAAUGGCGCCGCAGGUGGCACGCCCAUCUCCUCCCCUUCCUCAGACGACUACACAGCCAUGCAGAACAUCCUCACAGGCUUCGCCCAAUCACUCUCCCAGCUCGUAGUCCGCGACGGCGAAGGCGCCACAAAAUUUGUCACUGUCCGCAUCCUGAAUUCCCCAGAUUACAACUCUGCCCGGCUCAUCGCAUCCACCAUCGCCCGUUCCCCGCUGGUCAAGACGGCCCUAUACGGCGGUGAUGCCAACUGGGGCCGUAUCCUCUGCGCUAUUGGAUACACCCAAGGCGUUGCUCCGGGGACAGUGGUCCCCGAGCGCACAAGCGUUAGCUUUAAGCCCGUUGACGGAAGUCCCGAGCUGAAGCUGCUGGUGAACGGGGAGCCGGAGCAAGUGGACGAGGAUCGUGCCAGUGCGAUCUUGCAGGAUGAAGAUCUUGAGAUUGUUGUGGAUCUCGGCGGUGGGGAAAGGGGUGAGAAGGGUCUCGGUGGUGAGGAGGCAGUGUAUUGGUUCUGCGAUUUCAGUCAUGAGUAUGUGACUAUCAAUGGGGAUUAUAGGACCUAA